CUACUUACAACAGCAGUGUUGUUUUUGUUUACUGAUUCUGAGUCGUUAGGAGUAUAUGAUUGAUAUGUAUAAUCAAUGAUUCUAAUAUAAUAUUGUAUACAAUUACACAAAUCUAAGGCUUAGGAGGCAGACGAUUUCAGUUUCAUUUAUACUUUUAGUUUUAAACCUGCAAAAUUAAAAUAAAGAAUCAUGGCGGCAACAACUAACAUGUUUGGUGUACUCGUGAUUGGCAGAAUGGUAGAAACAAACUUCCAACAAGUAGCAGAACGUCAGUUUGUUACGGUCAUACCUAAUGCUGACGACACUGACCAUCUGGCGGUAUUCCUCACAGGACAAAUAUGCUUCCCAGCUGGAGCUGCAGGGUUGAUUUACUUCAGUUGCCCGGACCCAAAUGCCCCACCCAAUUGGCAAUUGUUGGGGUACAUUUCAAAUGAUAAGCCGUCUUCAGUUUUUAAAAUAACGGGAUUGAAGAACAACGUUAUUGAACAAAGUGGCUUCCUACAGUUCGCUCAACAGGCAAUUUCACAUAACGCCCAAAUAGGCAUAUCAGUUGAGCCGAUCGAAGUCGUCCAGCAACAGAUAAUACAAUUGGAAAAUAGUAAACCUAACGAAGCAAGCAACUUCCUUGAAUUUACAAAAAAGAUGCUUGAGAACUUUUCUGAGUGUGUUUCUUCGUUUCUUGUGCCAGGCAGUCCGUUUGUGGUACCACUCAGUGUAGUAGACAAUUGGUACAAAAACUUUGAAAAGAGAUUAGAAAUGAAUCCUCGAUUCUGGAAAUGAUAGACGUACUGUCUUCUGCUGUGAUACUUCAAAAUGUGACUGAGAGUUUUUAAGACUGUCCACAUUGUGCCUAGUGCAUACGAUUUAAAACGUUUAUUUUGUAUUAUUUGUUUUUGUUUUUUUGUAAAUAUUACUAAGUUUUAA